GCCUUCCGACCAAGUCAGUAUCGCUCUUGUGAUUUUGUGCACAGGACAGCGGAGAGCCCGCAAAACAACGUCACGGACAUUCUGUGUGGCACAUCAAUCGGGAAUUGUUUUUGUGAAGAAUCGUGUGAAUAGUGGAUGGUGUCAAAUAUUGGACCGAGGAACAAGAAAAGUGUUUUUUUUUUUGUGAAUUUACAAAUUUAGUGGCGAAUUUUCGCGCUGGCCAUUUUCAAUUGUAGAUUUAUUUGUUUUGUGUUACUUUGUUUUGGUCAAUGAAAAUAUUUAACAACAAGUGCAAACACACACACACAUUCUAAGGUACUACACGCACACACACAUGCCUGUUUGCAUGUAUGUGUAUGUCCCAUUUUUCGACAAGAAAAGGGGGGUGGAAAUGUCAGAGUGCCGUUGACAGCUACAGCGGUUGACAUUUCACCAGAGUGUGGAGACUUUGUUUGUCUGUUGUCACUGCCUGCUGAUACUUGGUGUUUGAACACCAAUAACAGUAACAGCUACAGCAGCAGCAGCAUCUCAUCCGCCACUGUUAUUACAGCCAGUACUAAAAACAAUGGCAGUACUAAAUUUUUAUAGACGUCAUUGCCAUCGCCUUUAAGAUGGGAGCUCAACGCAGAGGACGAAGAAGAAGAAGAAUCGCGUAAACUACGUUUGUUUGUUUGUAAAUAAAACCCGGCUAAGACAAGGUCAAAAUAGUUACGAACUGUCGCCCCAUCGCCAGUACAACAAAAACAAAACAAAAAGGUAUCAAAAAUUAUUUGCGUCCGCCACGCCUGCACGUGAUAAAGCGCAUCAGUUACGACGUCACACCAUAAAAAGCCACAGACGCGCAUACAUACACGUUUAACUCCGCCCACUUUCCUCCCUCGGAGGAUGGUCGUUAUGACGUAAAUAUCCGAAAUGCGCCCGCGGUUAUAACAAUUCAAAUAAGAGUAUCGUCUCAGUUCAAACUAACAACAGUGCAAUUGCCCCUCCCGCGCCUCCAUCAUUCCGCCGGGGGACCAACACCAUGUCGGCGCUACAUUACAAAUGUACGCUUUGGUCCCACUUCAAAUGGUUGUGCCUCCUAAUGCUACUAAUCCUUCUGUGCCAAAGCGUCCAGGCGAAUCCAGAUGCGAAACGACUCUACGAUGAUCUGCUCAGCAACUACAAUCGUCUAAUUCGACCGGUCAGCAAUAAUACAGACACGGUCCUGGUCAAGUUGGGUCUGCGAUUGUCACAGCUGAUCGAUUUGAAUUUAAAGGAUCAGAUUCUAACCACAAACGUGUGGCUGGAACAUGAGUGGCAGGACCACAAAUUCAAAUGGGAUCCUUCGGAAUAUGGCGGUGUUACCGAACUCUAUGUGCCCUCGGAACACAUCUGGCUUCCCGACAUCGUGCUCUACAACAAUGCCGACGGCGAGUACGUCGUGACCACCAUGACCAAAGCCAUUCUACACUACACCGGGAAAGUAGUCUGGACACCACCGGCCAUUUUCAAGUCCUCCUGCGAAAUCGAUGUUCGCUACUUUCCUUUCGACCAGCAAACGUGUUUCAUGAAAUUCGGAUCGUGGACCUAUGACGGUGACCAGAUCGAUUUGAAGCACAUCAACCAGAAGAACGACAAGGAUAACAAGGUAGAGAUCGGCAUUGACUUGCGCGAAUACUAUCCCAGUGUGGAAUGGGACAUUUUGGGAGUGCCAGCGGAACGGCAUGAGAAAUAUUAUCCUUGCUGUGCAGAACCGUAUCCCGACAUAUUCUUCAACAUCACCCUGCGCCGCAAGACCCUCUUCUAUACCGUCAAUCUGAUCAUUCCCACCGUCGGCAUAUCGUAUCUGUCGGUACUGGUGUUCUACUUGCCCGCCGAUUCGGGCGAAAAAAUCGCCCUGUGCAUCAGCAUUUUGUUGUCGCAGACCAUGUUCUUUUUGCUCAUAUCCGAAAUCAUACCCUCCACCUCACUGGCCCUGCCGCUGUUGGGCAAGUACUUGCUCUUCACCAUGCUGCUGGUCGGGCUCAGUGUCGUCAUCACCAUCAUCAUUCUGAACAUCCAUUACCGUAAGCCGAGCACCCAUCGCAUGGCGCCCUGGGUGAGGUCGUUCUUCAUUAAGCGUCUUCCCAAGCUGCUGCUGAUGCGAGUCCCCAAGGAUCUGCUGCGAGACCUGGCUGCCAAUAAGGUCAACUACAACAUGAACUUUAACAAGACGAAGUUCGGCAAGGCAUUGAUGGAUGAAAUGAACAUCAGUUCGGGCGAUUCCAGUCCCGACUCCAUACGUCGUAUGCAGGGUCGUGUGGGUAAUGGUCUUCACAGUGCCUCGGCCACGAAUAGAUUUAGUGGCAUGAUGGGGGUUUUGGGUGGCGGCCUUAGCACCUUGAGCGGCUACAACGGACUGCCGUCUGUGCUCUCCGGAUUGGACGAUUCCCUGAGUGAUGUGGCACCACGGAAAAAAUAUCCAUUUGAGUUGGAAAAGGCCAUCCACAACGUCAUGUUCAUACAAAACCAUAUGCAGCGCCAGGACGAAUUCAAUGCGGAAGAUCAAGACUGGGGCUUUGUCGCCAUGGUAUUGGAUCGUUUAUUUCUCUGGAUCUUCGCUAUUGCAUCCCUUGUGGGUACAUUCAUGAUACUGGGCGAGGCUCCGUCCCUAUACGACGACACAAAACCCAUCGAUGUGGAACUGUCAGUUAUUGCCCAGCAAAUCUACAAUCUGACCGAGAAGAAGUCGUAAGAGUCCUCCUGCACCCGCAACCCCAUUGCACUGAUGUCGUAUCCUGCAGCGGCCGGCCUCCCCUCUGCCCCGGAAACAAAACUCCAACACACCUCGAAUGUUAACAAAUGUCAAGUCUCACUCAACGCUCUGACUAAAUCAAUAAAAUUUAUUAGAAUUAAUGCGAUUUUUGUAGUUUAAGGCCGAAUGCAACAA